AUGUCUCUCCUAAUAGAGUCAAUCACGCAUCCAUACAUACUACACCUCCUCGCAUUCAUCUGUGGCGCUCUCACUUACGUCGCAUAUUUCUUUCAUGGCGAGCAUCACAUGUAUGGCUUUUCCUAUAUCCAAGCUCACACGCUUUUGUUUGCAACUUCGACGUUCCUGCUGUAUCGACUAGGGUCCCCGCUGAUCGAGGCCUUGUUGCAGACACUUGUCUAUGAUGGGUGUUUCAUGGCUGGUUUAUUUGGCUUCCUGUUAACGUAUCGCGCUUUUCUGAAUCCGCUCAACGCCUUUCCUGGACCAUUCAUCGCCCGCAUCGCUACGUUUUGGAUCUCUUUUCGGAUUAAGAGACUACGAAUGUACAAGGCCUUUGAGGAGCUGCAUGAAAAGUACGGCUACUUCGUGCGUGUUGGUAGCCAGGAGAUAUCGAUUACGCACCCAGAUGCGGUGGUUGACAUCUUCGGGGCCAAUUCAGUGUGUCAAAAGAGCACAUGGUACGACAUCAGCAAACCGCAAGACUCAGUCCUUCUACGCCGGACAUUUGCAAAGCACUCUGAACGGCGAGCCAUAUGGACUCAAGCCUUCUCUGUCAAGGCCGUCAGGGGCUACGAGACUCGAUUCCACCCGUACAGAGCCAAGAUGCUUUCCAUGCUCGAUGACCACGCCGGGCAACCUGUUAAUAUAACCCACUGGCUGGGGUUGUAUUCCUGGGACUCCAUGAGCGACCUAUCGUUCGGUCAUUCUUUCGGCUUGCUAGAUUCGAAGGACCAUCAUUGGGCAAUGAAGGUCCUCGACAAAGGGAUGAGUAUCAUUGGUCGUCAUUUACCAAUGUGGUUUGUCCGUCUUGGGAGCUCAGUCCCCGGCGGUAACAAGGAUCUGAAGGCCAUGUUCAAGUAUUGCCACGAGCAAAUGCUUUUAAGAUAUUAUGUUUGCGCUCCUCCUCCUCAAGUCUCAGGCGUUAUGAAUUUGCAUCUAACCAGCCUCAAACAGGCCAAGACUGAGCCCAAGGUGCCCGAUGUUAUGAGUACCCUCUUUGUUCCAUACAAGAAAGGGGCUUUGCCUUUCGAUGAGACCGCGAUCCAACUGCUGGCUGGAGAAUCCCACCUGCUUGUCAACGCGGGAAGUGAUACUUCGAGAAUCACCAUGAUUUGCACCUUGUUUGUGCUUGCUCGACAACCUGAGCUCGCCAACCGGCUCCGGAAGGAAUUGGAACCCUAUGCCCCCAAGGAUCCCGACGAGAUGCUGAUGGAUGACACAAUUAUGAACCUUGACCUUCUGAAUGGUAUUGUUCAAGAAGCACUUCGCCUGUACCCACCCAGUCCGAGCCAUCCGACCCGGGUGACUCCUCCCGAGGGUACUGUGAUUGCUGGUCGGUUCAUCCCGGGCAACACGCAAGUUAUGGCCCCUCAGUACGUCAUCGGACGGGACGAACGCAUCUUCCCCCGAGCGACUGAAUUUAUUCCCGAACGCUGGUACAGCCUCCCGGAGCUGGUCAAAGACAAGAACGCCAUUGCACCAUUUUCACUGGGGCCCAUGAACUGCGUCGGGAAGCGGCUUGCGCUGGCCAACAUUCGAGUCACAGUGGCGUCGUUCGUCCUGCGCUACAACCUCAGCUUCCCCGCGACGCAAGCUGACCCGGAACGCGCUUUCGAAGAUGGCUUGUAUGAGCAUUUCAGUCUGCAAGCUGGUCCCUUGAUGUUGUGCUUGGAGAAGCGACACAAGUAA